AUGUAUCCAUAUCCUCAGAACAUCAUCUCCUAUCCCCAGAUGCAGUUCCUGUCAAAAAGUGCUCUAUUGACAUUACCAAUCGAGAUAAUCGAAGACAUCGCAUUCUUGCUCGAAGAUGACAAGGACCUCAUCAAUCUCUCACUGACAUGCACUUCAUUGAACGCGAUCUUACUAUCAACCACGUCCUCUAUCUGGCGCAGGCGAUUCAAAGAGAAGUACGACCUACCGCGAGGAAAAUCAUCGGCGCAAAUAAAAUUCGAAUACCAAACGCGCUCUAUCGUACUGUCACAAGCAGUUUCCUUCAAAGACGGGGAAAGUGGCCAACAAAAGUUGUGGUUGGAGGUCAUUCAGCUUCUUCUUGAGGAAUCUUUCUCAUCACCAUACACAAGUGACGGUAGUGUUGUGUCGAGGAACCUUACUAGGAUUCGUGAGGUUAUUUCGAAAAGCGCCUUUCUGGAAAGACCGAUUAGUGGAUUCGCCAUGCGCAGUCCAGAUGUCUGCUCAGAUUCUUUCUGCGCCGUGCAGCUGUGCUUAACUUACCUUAGUCUGGAUCUAAACCUUUCGUAUCGCUGCCUGCGAACCGACUAUGACAUCGCCAGUGUCUAUUCCUACGGAAGCGCCCCUGAGAACGUCUUCAUUUCCAUUGAGGAGUUGGACCUCAGAAAACUAUUGCACAUACGGAACUUUUGGCAGCGACAUCUUAUUAACCUCGACGAAGGGACAUUCCACAAAUCAUUCGCCAGCCUCUGUGAAGAGAAGAGACCCCAGCCCUGGACCGAAUGCAUACAUCACAAUAUCAACCUUGGGAGUUCCUGGCUAGGAUAUUACUCUUGCAUACAUCCGCGUCCUCCUGAUCUGAGCAGUCUACAAGAUCGUCAGACAUGCGCCGACCUAGAUAGUCACUGGACGGAUAUUCUUCCUCUGCAUCUACAUUUACACUUGAUUCGCGACUCUGAUGAGGAAUGGCCAGCGCUUUUUGAUAAUAUCAUACCUUUACUUGGACCGGAUAGCCGCCGUCGCUAUUUUCGCGGCCUUCAAAGCCUCCACAGCUUGAAUGAUCGCACAAGUUACCCUGUCCGAGGACUUAUCGAGCAAAUUCUAUCUUCGCAAGGAGGACUCAGAGGCUGGACGCGCAUAUGCUUCACAAUCUACAAUCCGAACCGGGAGCUUUUGAAGCUUAUUCCUUCUGAGGACAACGAAGAGAACGCAGAAGACCAACAGGAGGAGGUCCGCUUUCCAGACGAAGAAUGGCCACCUAUUUCGUGGUCGGAUUUCCAUUGGGCCUUUGGCUAUGAGGGCGUUGUGCUCCCUGGAGGCAACAUUAUGUUUGGCAAGUGGAUCAACAUGCUGGAAACGAGUGACAGCGGGCCAUUUGUAUUUUGGUGUAUCUAA